AUGAACAGCAUGGACAAGAGUUUGACUGAUCUGAUGGUAAUACUGCAAACUGCUAAGAAGGAUAUGAAGGUAAAUCCUUCACUGCAUGCAAUGAUGGUCAGAAAGACUAACAAGCGCCCUAACACCGGGAAGUUUAAUCCCAAGGCUAAUGCAGUGAAGAAUCCUAGAUAUCAAGCUCAAAAGAAGCUUAAGAAAGGGAUGCAGGUACCCCAAUCUGAUGAGAAGGAGGUCAUGUGCUUCCAUUGUGGAAAGAAAGAUCACUGGAAGAAAAAUUGUAAUAUUUUCAUGAAGAAGGAUGUCGGUGGAGCGGAUGCUUUAGGUAUCUUUAUGGUAGAGUGCAAUUUUUCUAUUUCUUCAUCAUGGAUCAUAAAUUCUGGAAGUAGUUCUCACAUUUAUGGGAACAUGCAGGGUCUAAGUAACUGCAGAUAG